UUCUCUUCCAAACCACAGCACCAUGUAUCUUUUUUCAUCCAACCGUGCGAAGUCCGCCACCCUGGCUCCUGAGAGAAAGCCAGCCAAGCAACCACAAACGGGAACCACAACAUCUCAGCCGAUAAAACAAGAGCCAGUAAAGCAAGAACCGGUGGAGCAGGAGAUUGUGAAGAAAGAACCGGGCCCGGAACCAGGCCCAUCAGAGUUCCCGAAGCGAGUCAAAACGGAGGACACCGAACCACCAGUAUGGGGUAAACUUCCGGAGAAGUUAGAGGACACGCCGCCGAGGCCGAUGCAAGAGCUCAUCGAAGAAACCGAAGAAGCUGAUGAGCAGCUCGUGUUUCCUGAGCCGGGUCACGAGGAUGACUGUUCGCCGGACUCACCAGCCAAUUGUUCCCAUAUGCAAUGGUUCGAGCAUUACAAUCCCAGCUGGCGUGGCUCGGCCAUCCUUCCCGAUUCUGCUCUCGGCCGUGCUAUCGAUGGUGGCCUGGUGUACAUUGCCGACAAUGGGGAUAUCCUUCCAUGCGUGAAGGAGGAAGGGUCAGCAACAGGCGCCGAACCAAAGGAGGAAGGAAAUGACGACGACGACGGUGACAAGAUGAUGGACGUAGACGUAAAGAAAGAAGAACCCGAGCCCGACCAAGAAGAAGGUGGUGUCGCAAUCAAGGAAGAAGACUCUCACGAGAAACACUCCGAGCCUGAGUCUGAUUCGGACUCGGACACAUCAUCGGAGAGCAGCUCCGAUUCAGACUUGGACUCCGACUCUGACAGCGGUUCCGACGCCGAUUCAGACAGCGAUUCAAACACCGAGUCGACGUCGGAUUCGAGUUCCUCAUCCUCCGAUUCCGACGAAGAAAUGCCCGACUCCGAGGGGGAGGAAGAGUUUGGCGACGGCAUCAAGCCUCUGGACGUCUCGUUGAAGAACUUCGCCGAAGCGAUACAGAACACUUCGGCCCAGAUCAUGACUGCGCUCGCGCAGAUGAACUACAUGAUCGCUGUCAAGGACGAGCUCCUUGAUCGGAAGGACAGGGAGUUGAGGAUUGCUAGGCGGACCGCUGCUGAGGUGGCCCUCCACCGACACAAGCGGAGGGCUGUUUGGCGCCGGGGCGUGGACGGUGAUGGCCGCAGCUACCUCUACAAGGUUUGAUUGGGGGUGUUGGUCCCAAAUUGGGCACUUGUCCAAUCUCUACUGUUUUUCUUUUGAAGUUGUCUUGGUGAUGGCGUUGUUGCGGUUCACUUUUGUCUUGGGGGUUCUCUCACUCGUUGUAGCUAUUACUGAAAUAUUGUAUUAUGUCGUACA